GGAGGAGGAGGAGACCACGUGUGACAGCCGACUCUGGAGCUGUCUGUCCUUCUGAUGGGAACUUGUGUUUGUGAUCUCGGUGCCUCUGCAUGCUGCUAGCUUUACCCGGAGAAAGCGACUGACACUACAGAUCUGCUCCACAUCCCUCAGCAACGGACAUCUGUUGCUACGUCUGAAAGCUCGUUCGCUUGGAGAAACCACAUCAUGGUGAGCAAGACGGAUGACAUCCCGGCGUCGGUGCCCAACUGCACGGCUGUGGAUCUCGCAGAGGACGGCGAGACGCCGGAUAGCGCAGAGAGCGACAGGACAGCCCUGAAGAAGCCCUGUCCCUGCGAGCACAGUGCAUCUGCGGUAGUAAUGAACGGAGACGCAGGGCACGACCAGGCCGAAGAAGCCGAAUCCAAGCAGGACAGCAGUGGUGACGCUGACCCUGGAGAUGACGGCAAUGAACAAGAAGUAAUUGUAAUUCAGGAUACUGGGUUCACUGUGAAGAUUCAAGCGCCCGGCACAGAGCCCUUUGACCUGCAGGUGUCUCCACAGGAAAUGGUGCAAGAAAUACACCAAGUGCUGAUGGAUCGUGAAGACACCUGUCAUCGUACCUGCUUCUCCCUACAGCUAGAUGGCAAUGUGCUGGACAACUUUGCAGAGCUGAAGUCCAUUGAGGGCCUUCAAGAGGGGUCUCUUCUCAAAGUGGUAGAAGAACCUUAUACAGUACGUGAGGCUCGCAUUCAUGUUCGUCACAUCAGAGACCUGUUGAAGAGUCUAGAUCCCUCUGAUGCGUACAAUGGAGUGGACUGCAACUCAUUGUCUUUCCUCAGUGUCUUCACAGAUGGAGAUCUGGGAGAUAGUGGCAAACGCAAAAAGAAAGGAAGUGAACUUGAGCAGAUUGACUGCACUCCUCCUGAGCACAUCCUACCAGGCAGCAAAGAGCGUCCCCUAGUUCCCCUGCAGCCACAGAACAAAGACUGGAAACCACUGCAGUGCCUGAAGGUCCUCACAAUGAGUGGCUGGAACCCUCCGCCUGGCAACAGAAAGAUGCAUGGAGAUCUCAUGUACCUGUCUGUUGUGACUGUAGAAGAGAGGAAUGUCAGCAUUACUGCCUCCACCCGUGGAUUCUACCUCAACCAGUCUACCACCUACACUUUUAACCCUAAGCCAGCCAACCCCAGCUUCCUGAGCCACUCUCUGGUUGAGCUACUGAGCCAGAUCAGCCCAGCCUUUAAAAAGAACUUCACGGCCCUGCAGAAAAAAAGAGUCCAAAGACAUCCAUUUGAAAGAAUAGCCACACCAUUCCAGGUGUACAGCUGGACAGCUCCACAGAUUGACCAUGCAAUGGACUGUGUGAGAGCAGAGGAUGCCUACACCUCCCGUUUGGGCUAUGAGGAACACAUACCUGGCCAGACAAGAGACUGGAAUGAGGAGCUCCAGACAACUAGAGAACUCCCUCGUAAGAACCUUCCAGAACGCUUACUAAGAGAGAGAGCCAUUUUCAAGGUACAUAGCGACUUUGCUGCAGCAGCCACACGUGGGGCCAUGGCUGUGAUCGAUGGCAAUGUCAUGGCCAUUAAUCCUGGGGAGGAAACCCGCAUGCAGAUGUUUAUCUGGAACAACAUCUUCUUCAGUUUGGGCUUUGAUGUCCGAGAUCACUACAAAGAGCUUGGUGGAGAUGCGGCGGCUCAUGCUGCUCCCACUAAUGACCUGAACGGAGUGAGGGCAUACGGGGCUGUGGAUGUGGAAGGACUCUACACGCUGGGCACCGUGGUAGUGGACUACAGGGGCUACCGGGUAACUGCCCAGUCCAUCAUCCCUGGCAUCUUGGAGCGUGAGCAGGAGCAAAGCGUCAUCUAUGGCUCCAUUGACUUUGGAAAGACGGUUGUGUCCCACCCUAAAUAUCUGGAGCUUCUGGAGAAGACCAGCCGUCCACUGAAGGUACAACGUCACUGUGUCCUUAAUGAAAAGGACACUGCUGUGGAGCUCUGCUCAUCUGUGGAGUGUAAGGGCAUCAUCGGCAAUGAUGGCCGUCACUACAUCCUGGACCUGCUGCGCACUUUCCCUCCUGACCUCAACUUCUUGCCUGUUGAAGGGGAGGAGCUAAGCCCUGAGAGCCAGAAGCAGGGCUUCCCUCGACAGCACCGCCACCGCCUGGCCUGCCUGCGCCAGGAACUCAUUGAAGCCUUCGUAGAGCACAGGUAUCUCCUUUUCAUGAAGAUGGCAGCACUCCAGCUGAUGCAGCAAAAAGCAAACAAGGAAAGCAAGACCGCAGCCUUGCCUGAGAGCAUCAGUCCUGAGAGCGUGUCUGACAGUAAGCCAACAGCUGCUCCUGAGGCCUCCGAAAAAGCCUCUGAAGCUGCAACCCCAGCCUUUGAUUCACCAACCUCCUCCGAAUCCACACUGACUCCUGAAGACACAGCAGAAUCUGAGGCAGCGCUUGGGCAAGAAACUACAUCAGAGAGCCAGGAGACUUCAGCCAGAGACAGCUCAGCAGUUCCCCCAGUGACCGCUAACGGUACCCAUGAACCCACAAUUCCAGAGAGCCAGAAUGGAGGAUGUGACAGUCCUCUGGAGGGUAAGGAGGCUGAUGAAGCUAUACCAGAGCUAGCUCAGGCUAAAGAGCUGGCAGAGUCUUUAGCAGCAGAUGAUGGAUCCGGAAUUGACCCCAAAAGUCGAGAAGUUGUCCUCAACGCUUGCAAAGCAGUGGGCUCCAUCAGCAACACUUCAUUUGACAUUCGCUUCAACCCAGACAUCUUCUCUCCAGGUGUACGUUUUCCAGAAGACAGUGCUGAGGAAAUCCAGAAACAGAAGCAGCUUCUGAAAGAUGCUGCAGCCUUCCUGGUAUCCUGUCAGAUUCCCUCUCUGAUAAAGGACUGUUUAGACCACACUGCUCUGCCAAUGGAUGGAGCGACAUUGACCGAAGCCCUCCAUCAGCGUGGAAUCAAUGUGCGCUACCUUGGCAAUGUGUUAGAAUUUGUUGACAAGAUGCCAGCCAAGCCACAGCUUGAGCAUGUCUAUAGAAUAGGAAUUACUGAGCUGAUCACGAGAUGUACAAAGCAUAUCUUUAAGACCUACCUCCAGGGUGUGGAACUCUCUGCCCUGUCUGCUGCAGUGAGCCACUUCCUGAACUGCUUCCUGAGCUCUUUCCCCGAUGCGGUGGCCCACCUGCCCGCAGACGAACUGGUGUCCCGCAAGAAGAACAAGAGAAGGAGAAAUAGAGUCCCUGGAGGCGGAGACAACACAGCCUGGGCGAGCCUGACUCCCAGUGAGCUGUGGAAAAAUAUCGCCUCAGAGGCUCUCAGUUAUUACCACUUUACUCUACAAUGUGAGAGUGCAGACCAGGCAGUGGAGAAAUAUGGCCUGCAAAAAAUCACCCUGCUGAGGGAGAUCUCUGUCAAAACUGGCAUCCAGAUCCUGAUAAAAGAGUACAACUUCGAUAGCCGCCACAAGCCUGCCUUCACUGAGGAAGACAUCCUGAACAUCUUCCCAGUUGUAAAGCAUGUCAACCCCAAAGCCUCCGAUGCCUUCCACUUCUUCCAGAGCGGGCAAGCUAAGGUCCAGCAAGGUUUCCUUAAAGAAGGCUGUGAACUAAUCAAUGAAGCAUUGAACCUCUUUAACAAUGUGUAUGGAGCCAUGCAUGUGGAAAUCUGUGCCUGUCUGCGCCUGCUGGCCCGCCUCAACUACAUCAUAGGCGACCACCCUGAGGCUCUCAGUAACCAACAGAAAGCUGUUCUGAUGAGUGAGAGGGUUCUGGGGAUUGAACAUCCUAACACUAUUCAAGAAUAUAUGCAUUUGGCUCUGUACUGCUUUGCCAACGGCCAGCUGUCCACUGCCCUGAAGCUGCUGUACCGUGCCCGCUAUCUCAUGUUAUUGGUUUGUGGAGAGGACCAUCCUGAGAUGGCCUUAUUAGAUAGCAAUAUUGGUCUGGUGCUACAUGGAGUGAUGGAGUAUGACCUGUCCCUACGAUUCCUUGAAAAUGCCUUGUCUAUAAACUCCAAAUACCAUGGUCCCCGAUCCCUCAAAGUUGCUCUCAGCAAUCACCUGGUGGCCCGAGUGUAUGAGAGCAAGGCUGAGUUCCGCUCUGCUCUGCAGCAUGAAAAGGAGGGUUACACCAUUUACAAGAACCAGGUUGGUGAAGCCCAUGAGAAGACGAAGGAGAGUUCUGAAUAUCUGAAGUACCUCACCCAACAGGCUGUGGCACUACAGAGGACCAUGAAUGAGAUCUACAAGAAUGGCUCCAAUGCCAGCAUCAUGCCUCUCAAAUUCACAGCUCCAAGCAUGGCCAGCGUUCUGGAGCAGCUCAACAUCAUCAAUGGCAUCAUCUUUAUUCCUCUCAGCCAAAAGGACCUGGAGAACCUGAAGGCAGAGGUGCAGCGCAGGCAGCAGCUCCAGGACUCCGGGAAGGCAGAGGAACAUCAGGAGGACAGUCAGCUAGUGCUGGAUGACAAGUUACCUGUCGACGAUUAACCAGACACCCACCGCCCCUGCCAGGGGAGGCCAUGAUGCAACAGCCAUCUGCUUGAACCUGUGGACCUGAGAACUAAGCUGUGUAAUUUAAAUGAGUAUAUUUGAGCUUAAAGGGAGGGGAGGGACAGGGAUAGGCAGGGAGAUAUACAGUGAGCAAGACAGUGAGUAGCAGUGACGCAGAGAAUGGAACCAGAGUUUAACACAGGCUGUCUGAGGGCCGGACACCAUGGCCUACUCAAGAAGGAAACAGAGAGAGCACCGUUGUUUCUGCCAGUGCAUAUGACGCUGGAGGUGACCAAGGAUGACCAUGACAUUGUAUACCAGAGCCUUAUCCAUCCAAUCAUCCAUCUAGCUAUCCAUCCAUCACCCAUCCCCCCAGCUCUCCCAUUCUCAUCUCCUUCUCUCGUCUGAGUCCAGGACUACCACCCACUAUCACACCUAAACACAGCAUGGGCUCGGUGCAGUGCUGCCUCCCUCCCCUUUUACAUCCUUUUAUCUCCCACCCACCACUCCUAGCACACAGCCUGUCUGAAAACUCAGGUGAUUUCUACGCUGCACUAGAUGUGAUGGAAUCAUUCACUGCUAAAUUCAGAGAGGUACCCAAGAAACAAAAGGAAGGCUUUAGAAUGUAUGCAUUAAGGUCUAGCAUCAAGACCUAUUACACCUAUACCACUAAUGUGGUUUGCCCAAGUGGUGACUGCUUUGUCCUCAAAAUAUGUUCUCAGCCAGGCUUUUUAGAUUGACAGCACAUAUUCUGUAAGAAAAAAGAUGAAAGAUAUCUUUGUAAAGCAAAUGGGAUGGGGACUUAUGAAGCCAUUUUAUAUUCUUCAUGUAUUCAUUUAAUUUAAGCCAUGUCUGUUUUAUAGAGAUAUAUAUCAUGGAACGAUGUGUACAUCCAUCUGUGGGGUUUUGACAGAGACUUGAUUUAUGCUGAUUGAAAUGCAGAUUCAAGGUGUCCAGCUUCAAAUAGAUCUAUAGACUCUCGUAGCUGUGCUCAGUUUUGUUCCAUUCUAAAGGUCUGUGUGUUUGUAUACUAGUGCAGAGAUUCUGAGAGGGUAUGAGAGAAUUCUACUACUACUAUUGCUGCUGUAACAGAAUCAUUAUCAGCAUAUUUUUGUAUGUAUAGUAAUGAACACAGGAUGACUAAUGUGAACUUGAAUCAUAGAGGAACAUACAGUAUUUGGCCCUCAGCAUGGCAAAAAUUCAGCCAUUAAUGUAGUGAGUUAAUAAAUCCACUUAGUCUAUCUGACAUAUUGGACUUUUUGAUGGUGGUUUAGUACAGUUUUCUAGCCAUUCUUUCUUUUCUGCAAUAGAAAAGCCUCUCGUAUAUUCAUAUACAUAUAUUCAGAAGCUUUCCCUUGCCAGUAUUUAGAGCACUUUCCAAACCUGUUGUUAACGUUCAGUACCACCAGGAGUGGAUUGAGAGAGGCUGCUUUUAUGUAAUGUACCAAAAAAAGGACAGUUGCAUUUGCUUGUAUAAAUGCUGUAUGGGCCGACCUUGCAAAUGUCAAACAUGUUGCUGUGUUAAAUGUAUGAGUUUAAAGCAAUAGAAAUGCUGGAACUGGCCUGUUAAGUGCUGCUGUAGUCUGCACUUAGAUGCAAGACAGACUGCUACCCUUUUUUCCCCCCAUUUCCAUGGACUGUUUCCAAAAAUAGGGAAGAGGCUACACUCAUCAGGAUCAUUUUGCAACUUGUGAACAAAAACAAAGCAUGUUGGACUAGAAAUCAUGACGUGUGAGAUUUGUGCCUAUUUCUGCUUUGUAAUCGAACGAGGCUGGUGUUUGUUUUCUUUCUAUGCCUUUCAAAGGGUUCAGAAAAGUCCUGGUUAUGCUCACUGUGUUCCUGUCUUUUUGCCUAUUGUUGGCCUGCCAGAGAUCAUGAAGGAGCCACAUCAUUAGCUGGUGCAUCUCCAGCUGCAGUACCCUUAGUAGCCACUAAGGGUCAGUCUAGUGUAGCCAAGUUUCUUUGCAUUGGCAUUGCUAAUGAAAAUAAACUCAAUUUAUGAUGGAGAAUAAAACAUAUCUUUAGUAGCUUUAAAACUGUCAGUACAGUUGCUCUCAAGCUGAAGUUCACUAGGCUUUGUGGUAAAAUAAAAUGCUGAUAAAUUCUCAUACUUCUAAAUGGCUGGAAUAUUGAAAACAAUCAUUGACUCUCUUUAUAGCUUCCUAUGUAAGCAUAAUCUAAUUGGUUGUACUAAUUACAUUUCAGUGAUCUUAUCAGUUAAACUGCAAAGGUUUUCCUUUUCAGUGGUGUUAACUCUUGCAUGACAAACCAAUUUAUGUCAUCUAGAUAUGUAGUACUAGGUGGUUGUAAUUUUGUGGGUGCAGCAGUCUAGCGUUUUGGAUUACAUCUUUAAACUGACACCUAAACUGGGUUUGAUAUGCUGAGCUUUCUAAUCCUUCAAACUAAUCAUGUAUUGUAUCUACAAAUGUCAAUGUCUGUUUGGAAGCUUGAGGAUGAAACAAAAUAUUUUUUGUUUUGAACUUAAAAGACAAAAACAAGGAAAAUAUGGAACACAGUUGGAGACUAUUAGUCUGGCACAGCUUUCAUAUAUUUGCUCACAGAUACAAUCGUAUAUUAGCCCCAAGCUCAGCCUUAAAGCUGUAACCACAGCUGUCAUCCAAGAGUCCAAUAGUCAGUCAGCAUGAUUCACUGUGUCCCGGAUGGAAAACCUGUCUGGAGUGAGACGCAGUGUCUGUUCAGUCCACCUCAGCGUCACCUGCUGUCUAAUGUACAUGCAUAACCGUACCUCUCUGUGUGUUUGGGAGCUGAGGACUUUCUUUUUUCCUUUUGGAUCCCUCUGUCUCUAACCUGCAAGAUGUGUUUGGCCCUUUGUAUGUCUGCUUUGUUUUCUUUGAUGUGGUACCUGUCUGUUGCUGCCCAUAAAUAACAAUCUAAUUAUUUUUGAUCUUGGAUAUCUGAAUAUGCUUUUGUAUUAAAAUAAACAAAGAAACUAGCAAAUAACAAA